GGAGUGAUAUAAAAGCGGCGCAGGUGUUGACGGUGUAUCAGUCUGCAGCCGAAUAACGUAAGUUCUGUACACGAGAAUUAGCACAGAAAGAAUCUUCACAUACAGGAUGAAUCACGUCAUGCUGCUGCUGCUGGUGGUAGCGUUGUCCUCGCUGGUCCACUCGGCUGUUCUCGUUAACACGUCCCUGCCGAUGGACUGUGAGGAUGUUUACAACCUAAAGAUAAGCUCAGUAAAGAACGCCACUGUUCCCAGUGGAGUGUACACCAUUUACCCAGCAGGUCCUAAUAAAACCGUGAAGGUGUACUGUGACAUGAGCUGCCUGGAAACCGGAGGCCAUGAUGAUGGGAAGUGGACUGUGAUUCAGAGGAGAAUCGACGGCAAUCUGAGUUUCUACCGGCCAUGGGAGCACUACAAGAAUGGAUUUGGUGAUGCCAGUGGUGAAUACUGGCUAGGUCUGGAGAACAUUUUCCUGAUGACCUACAGGGAGAAGUAUCAGCUGAGAGUGGAAAUGGAGGAUUUUGAGAGAGGCAGUGCCUACGCCCAGUACACCCAGUUCUACAUCAACCCAGAGUCCAGGAAUUACAGGCUGAACAUCGGUGAAUACGUCAAUGGAGGAGCAGGUGAUUCUUUAUCCUAUGUGAAUGGGAGGGAUUUUGCAACAUUUGACAAAGACCCUACAGGAAACUGUGCGGAGACUAACAGUGGAGGAUUCUGGUACUAUGGAUACUGGUACUACUAUGCGUGCCACUACGCCAACCCCAACGGCCUGUACAAAUAUGGGAAUGUGGGAACAGCGUACACAGGGAUCAUGUGGCAGUCCUGGAAAGGUUACUACUACUCUCUGAAGACCAUCGUGAUGAAGAUCAAACGGAUGAGUCUGGAAGAUCUUGAAAAUCUUUAGCUUUCCAGACUUCAGAAGAAAUCCAGAAGAGUAGAAUAGAGAGGAAUAAGUAUAAUAUCUCUCACUGCAGUUAGAGACAGACUUUCUGUAAAAUGGUAUGACUAUUUACCAAUUAAUCAUAACCUCUGAUCUUUGGGGUUUUCCUGUGAAAUAUCCUCUCUGAAAUAUCCUCCACUAUAUACUCUAUUAGCUUCAUUUUUAAGGAAAUAUGUAUAAGUAUGUUAUGAAUACAUAUUUUUUACUGGCAUACUUUUUUUCCCCAAAAUAUGUUAAUUAAAUGUUCUUUGUGUUUAUCAAUGUAUAACCUCCUUUGUUCCCCUUAUAAAUUCCUAUAUAUAGAAUGAAAUAAAAGUUCAGCAAAUGAA